AUGUCUGAUAAUAAGCAAAUGCAAAACUCUGAAAAUUCGAAUGAAUGGAUUAAUUGGAUUGAUGAAGCUAUCGCCAAAGAGCACUUAAAAUUUUACGAAUACAACCAAUUUAGUAACUUUCAACAAAUUGGUGUUGGAGGUUUUGGAAAAGUAUACCGUGCAAAUUGGAAAAAUUUAGAAAAACAUUUAGCAUUAAAAUCUUUUUUUAGUCUUGACAACAUCACUGUGAAAGAAAUUGUUCGUGAGUUAAAAAUUCAACGUGAAGUUGACCUUCAUGAUAAUAUAAUACGUUGUCAUGGAAUAACUAAAUUUGAAUCAGAAAACCAUGAUAACGGUAUUAAUUAUAUGCUAGUAAUGGAAUAUGCAGACGGUGGUAGUCUUCGAAACUAUUUGAAGAAUACCUUUAGUACACUUACUUGGAAUGAUAAGCACCUUAUGGCGUACCAGUUAUCCAGCGCUGUAUCAUACUUACAUAUUGAGGGCGUUGUCCAUCGUGACUUGCACUCUGGCAAUAUAUUAGUCCAUCAAAACACGAUCAAAUUAGCAGAUUUUGGGUUAUCAAAAAGAAUCGGGGCAUCAUCUAAUGUUCAAUCCAAAUUAUUUGGGAUGAUUCCUUAUGUUGAUCCAAAAAGUUUUAGCAGGAGAAGAAAUAACAAUAACCAAAUGUAUUCAUUAAACGAAAAAAGUGAUGUUUACAGUAUUGGAGUAUUAUUAUGGGAAUUAUCAAGUGGACAGCCUCCUUUUUAUGCUGAUGGUGAACAUUAUGAUGUUAGUUUAAUUUUGGAAAUUUCACAAGGUCUUAGAGAAACAGUUGUUCCUGAUACACCCGAUAAAUAUAUAAAAAUUUAUACUAAAUGUUGGGAUGGUGAGCCAAAUAAUCGUCCAACUAUAUUUCAAGUAGUUGAUUGGUUAAAAGAAACUCCUCAAUUAUCUAACAAUCAUGAAUUUAAUGAGGUCCCUUCAAGUAUUAAUAAUUCAGAAUCACAGGGAGAAUUAUCUCGACUUAUUCAUAAUUUUAAUAAAAUGGAUACAAAAGAAAUUGAUACUAUAGCAGAGUCAAAUAAGCAAGAGAAACUUUCAACUGAAAUAGAUUUCAACAGUAUAGUUAAUGAAACAAAUGAUUUAAUUUUUAAAUUAUUAAAUAAAGGGUUUGAAUGGAAAUUAGUUGAAAAGCAAUUUAUUGAAUAUUUUAACAAUAGUAAUACUAAUUUGCAAGAAAUUUAUAAUUGGUUAUCUAAUAAUCAAAAUAGUUCAAAUUCCAUUUUUUUACUUGCAUAUUUCAAUCUUAGGGGAAUUGGGACAAGUAUAUAUGCUGAGAAAUCAUUUAAGUUAUUUAUUAAUGCAUCAGAAAAAAAUCAUAUACUUGCGCAAUAUUUUGUUGGGAAUUGUUAUGAAUAUGGUAAUGGAACUACAAAAAAUAAAAAAUUAGCUUUUGAAUAUUAUAAAAAAUUGGCUAAUAAAAAUUUGUCACAAGGGCAAUUAGAGAUUGGUCGUUUUUAUGGCAUUGGAAUAGGUAUUAAAAAAGAUGUAAAAAAGGCUUUUUACUGGUAUGAAAAAGCUGCAAAUAAUGGAAAUAUAGUAGCUAUGUAUAAUCUUGGUCAUUAUUAUAAAGACGGCGAUGAUGUUAAAAAAGACUAUAAUAAAGCUUUUAAAUUGUUCAAGCAAUCAGCUGAAGGAGGAUAUUCAAAUGGAAUAACAAUGUUAGGAUAUUGUUAUUUUAAUGGUAUUGGAAUUGAAAUUGAUGUGCGAAAAACAUUUGAAUUAUACCAAAAAUCAGCAGAUUUAGGAAAUAUGGUAGCACAAUAUAAUCUUGGUGUUACGUAUGAAAAUGGAAGUGGAAUUACAAAAGAUAUAGACAAAGCAAUUUAUUGGUAUGAAAAAUCUGCCGAACAAGGAGGUCAAGAUGCAAAGAAUAGAUUAGAAAUACUUCGAAAAAAUAUAUGA